CCAAGCUCCAUCCAGUGCUGAGAACCGGAGCAUUUGCGCAGAUAGUCUGCGCUGCCUACAACAGACACACAGCGUUUCAGCCUGGGAAGUUUGUUGUUGCUUUUUGCCUCACUGCCGAGCGAUCCGUCUGCAAAGUGUCUGCGAGGAGCAGGGCAAACCAACCCGCUGCUUUACCGGACUCGUGUCAGCAUCAGGGAUUUAACAUGGUGAUCAAAGUGUACAUAGCAUCGUCCUCUGGAUCCACUUCGAUCAAAAAGCAGCAGCAGGAUGUGAUGGGCUUCCUGGCGGCCAAUAAGAUCGAGUUCGAGGAGUGUGACAUCGCGGCCAACGAGGCCAACAGGAAAUGGAUGAGAGAGAAUAUUCCAGAGGAGUCCAGGCCGGCUACGGGGAACCCUCUGCCCCCACAGAUAUUUAAUGAAAGCAAAUAUUGCGGGAACUAUGAGGCCUUCUUCGAUGCCAGAGAGGACAACGCUGUGUAUGCAUUUCUGGGGCUGACUGCUCCACCCGGCUCUAAGGAGGCCGAAGCUUUAGCGAAGAAAGCACAGCAGUAGCAGCUUUACGCCAUUUCUACCUGAGACCUCAGGCUUAUAUCUAGACCCAGACCUGGACCCAGACUGACCUGGAGAAGAUCCAGGGAAAAAAGGAAGAAGCAACAUUUCACUUAGCUUACAAAUAUGUGGACGGUUUUGAUUUUUCGGUUGUUUUUUUGUUUUAAAUUGCCGUGUGUUCAGCUGUGCCUUGUCAGCUGUAGUGAAAGGAGGUACUAAACCAGAGCAUUAUGGGUAUCUUAAAACAGCUCUGUUUCCUCCGUUAACCUCAGCCUGCUAAGCCUGUUCGGCCUAAUGACUUGUCAAUCAACCAUUAGCAUGAAUGUGUAGCUUCCUGUUUGAGAACACGUCAUCAAACACAAGAAAAUGUAUACACCUAGAAAAUUGUAACACAGAUUUCACCAUUUGGCCAACAGAACAUCAUCCAUGUUAGAUCAUAAAACAUUAUCAUCAUUCAUGUAACUAAUUAGUACAAGUCUUAUCUGUUGAAUCCUGGAAACAUUGAAUCAAAUGUUGUGCUCCUGCCAGUCAUGUCUUAGCCAAAACCGCAGCACCUUCUGUAGGAGUUAUCUAUUACAAUCCCAUUCCCUGUGUUUUUAUUUACUUUAUAUUGUCUUAAUGCUGUUUUAAUAGCAAACUUUUUUCUACAAGAUGAUAUAUGUAUUGAAAAUACAUGCCAAAAUGUACAAGUAUGCAAACAUUGAAGGAUGUGAAAUUGACUUUUUUUUUUAAUUUGCUGUUUUGUUGUUUAAGGGAGUUGGAUAGUUGUUUCAUUUUGCUGGUGGCAUCCUGUUUCACAUUGUUUUGUAAAUCCCUGUCUUACAUAAUCUUCCCUAAAAUAAAAUUGAAAUAAGACUGCAA